AUGUAUUCAAAUGAAAAAAUAUUAGCCGAUGUUGAUGUAAUUGCAAAAUCGAUUGACGAUGCGACACACAGCCUCAAAUCAGCUUGUAGUGUUCUUCGUUGUUGUUACGAUAGCAAUAUCUCUAAAGAAUCCACUAAACUUCGUGGAGAAGCAACAAAUCAUGCCAUGGUUUAUAAAGAAAAGAUCUUUCCAUUCGCAAAUCUAGUAGUUAAUAACAUUAGAAUUUUUUGUGAUAAUCAUCAAUUCGAUUUUGACACUUUUAAAGACUGUAUUGAUGAUUUUAAGGAAGAAGUAGAUAAAAAGCAUAAAUUGGUCAUGUAUACCACGGAGCUUCAUAAGAAAAUUCUCAAGGAAUUCAAGCAAGAAGAAGAUAAAUCAAAGAAAAUAUAUAAUAUAUCCGAAUUAGAAGUUAAAAAACUUGAGAAAGAGGUGGAGUAUCUACGAAGUUCGGCAAAAAUAAGCACAUGGAUGAAUGUAAUGGCCAUAGUGCCCAUUGUUAAUCUUUUUGUAUUUCCAACAAUUAUUGAAAAAUCGAAGAUGGGAGUUAUAGCAACUAUAAAAGAGGAACAGCUUGAACGUGAAAAAGCAACAAAAUUUACCAUUGGCUUAAUUCGAGAUGAAUCAAUAAAAAAUUUUACGACUUCUUUAGAAAAAAUAACAGCGUUUUUUUAUAACCUCAGUUUGUAUUUAUCAUCUCUUGCAGAUGAGAAAUCCAUUAGGCUUUAUUAUAAUACAAGUAAGGCCACGAUGGAAAAAAUUUCUCUAAGCUGUUUAAAUUUCAUAUCGAAUAUUCCUGCUAUUGAAUCCGAUCUUGACGCUAUCGACUAUAAAUAUAAUGAGAAUUAUGUGAAUAGAUGGUAUACUGAGCAGAAAGUUAGAAUUAACGGUCGGGAAAUGUCUUUUUUAGAACAUGGAAAAAUAUUAUUUGCCGAGGAUAAACGUAUCUUAGAAAUGUUAGGAACAGAUGAUGAAUGA